AUGACUGCAUGUUGUUGUGCCUUUUCUCCAUCUCUGCAGGAACGGAGGGACAUCGAGAAUGCUGCGCGCCGCAAGACAUUCGUUGUUCCCUUUCCGAUCGCGACCGCAGGUGCCCCGAUUCUGCAAUCUGACAGAACUGGACCCUCCGAUUUAUGCCACACAGCUCACGAGAGCUAUCGCGCGGUCGUCGAGGAUCCAAACAACCCUAACCCCUAUGCUCCGUUCGCCUCAGAGCGGGAUUGGAAGGUUGGGAUGUGGGCGAAGACGCGCGGACCUGGUUCCACCGCAUUUACUGAGCUGCUUGCCAUAGAAGAGGUUGCCCAGCGGCUUGCUUUGUCUUACAAGCACACCCGAGGCCUCGAUCAAAUCAUCGACAAGCAGCUCCCACCCGCACGGCCUCGAUUCGAGCGCUACGAGAUUGUUGUUGCUGGGGAGGCGUUCGAGGUGUUCUUCCGUGAUGUGCUACAGUGUGUGGAGGCGCUCUAUGGAGACCCGGACUUCAUCGGCCUCCUCCUUCUUGUUCCCGAGCGCCAUUACACCGACAGCAAUAAGACCAGUAGGGUCUACUUCGACAUGAAUACAGGACAAUGGUGGUGGGCUACCCAGAAACAGUUGGAGAAGGACAAACCGGGUGCCACCGUGAUCCCCAUCAUCAUUUCAUCCGACAAGACGCAGCUUACCCUUAUUGGGAACAAGUCCGCGUAUCCCGUCUAUAUGACACUAGGCAACCUCCCCAAGGAUAUCCGCUGCAAGCCAUCUCGUCGUGGCCAGAUUCUUCUAGCGUACCUCCCAACUUCUCGUCUACAGCACAUCAAGAACAAGGCUGCACGUCGUCGCACCCUCGCAAACUUGUUUCACGCUUGUAUGGGCCGUGUCCUUGCGCCUCUCGCUUCUGCUAGCGUAACAGGAAUGAAGCUGGCAAGUGGGGAUGGUCUAGUCCGUCGUGGUCACCCCAUUCUUGCAACGUAUGUUGGGGACUACCCUGAGCAGCUUCUUGUCACCGGUUGCAAGACGGGGGAGUGUCCCAAGUGUCCUAUUGACCGGAAUGAUGUUGGCGAGUCCACAGACACAUCCCGGCCCCUUCGCGACCUAGACAAAAUCCUUCGUGCGAUAUCUGCGAUCGACGAGGGUCCCCGGGCCUUUACACGUGCAUGUGCCGAAGCUGGUAUCAAACCCAUCUGUCGUCCCUUUUGGGCGGAUUUGCCUUACACAGAUAUCUACCUUGCAAUUACUCCUGACGUUUUGCAUCAGCUCUAUCAGGGAGUUCUAAAGCACCUUGUUUCCUGGCUCCACGCCGCGUUCGGAACGGAGGAGAUUGAUGCACGCUGCCGCCGUAUGCCUCUGAAUCACAACCUUCGACACUUUGGCAAAGGCAUCUCAACGAUGUCGCGCAUCACUGGGAAGGAGCACCAGGACAUUGGUCGCAUCUUGCUAGGCCUUGUUGUAGGCCUGGAGCUGCCGGACGGACGGUCUGCGUUGCGCCUUGUUCGUGCUACAUGGGCAGUACUCAAUUUUCUCUACUAUGCGCAGUAUAGCACUCACACAACUGAAACUCUCCGCCUCCUAGAUGAGACACUGGUCGUUUUUCAUGACAACAAGGGGAUUUUCGUCGAAUUAGGCAUCCGCACUCACUUCCACCUCCCCAAACUCCAUUCUCUUGACCACUAUCGUCGCAGCAUUGAACUUUUCGGCACCACAGACAACUACGACACACAGUACUCCGAACGGCUUCACAUCGACUUUACCAAGGAUGCGUACCGUGCCACCAACCACAAGGAUGAGUUCGCACAAAUGACUAUCUGGCUUGAACGUAAGGAGAAGAUGCAGCGUCACGAGCGGUAUGUCCAAUGGUGUCUCACACAGACAGGCUCAAGUGGCCCAAACCGCAUCAAAAUGACGCGGUACCCUUCCGUUCGCGCUGUGAAGAUUACCUCAAUUCCUACCGACUAUGGUGCACAAUUUUUCCGCGACGCCCUCACCCGAUUCAUUGCCCAACGCAACUGUCCAGAAUUCACCCCUCAGCAAAUAGAGCGCGAGUCGGCGCGUGUAUUCUUGCCAUUUCAGGCGAUUCCAACAUAUCACAAGAUCAAGUUCUGGGUCCCUGACCCCCACAUCUGUGCAGCCCCUGGCACGCAGAUCUGUGACGUCAUUCAUGUGCGGCCGGCGCACAAGGGUAAGUAUGGCGACAUGCUUCCUGGUCGCUUUGACACUGCACUCGUGCGCGACACCAGGGCAAACGCACAGCAUGGCAUUCAUGGGUUGCAAGUCGCGCAAGUCCGUAUCGUCUUCAAGAUUCCCAAAAAGGCAGUCCCACUCCUGUUUCCGAAGCUCAGCGAGGAAGCGCGCCCUUAUGGCCACCUCGCAUAUGUUGAGUGGUUCAGCCCCUUCACCCAUCCUGAGCCUGAUCACUGCAUGUACCAGGUUUCCCGUGAUCUCGGAGGAGGAGGAGAGCGCACAGGUAGUAUCAUUGCGGUUGACGACCUCGAGAGGAGCUGUCACCUCUUUCCAGAUUUUGGUCCCAUCGCUCCCCGUGAAUGGACAAGUUCGACCGUCUUAGAUCUAUGCCCAUCAUUUUAUGUAAACCCAUAUGUAGACCGUCAUAUGUUCAAGCUUAUAUUCUAA